AUGUUGAGAAAUCUUUUAUGUCUUUCAGUGGGGGUUGUUAUUGCAGUGUAUCUCUCAAUCUACACAAUACAGACAGUAACUGAUAGAAUAAACAUAAAGAAGGUUGAUUUCAUUAAUACAGAUUUUUCUAAAGAUGAACUGAAUUUCUUUAUUUCCAAAGAUGUAAAAUUUAGAUUUGAUGUUUCUUUUUAAAGUCCACCUGAUAAUAACUCAAUUUAUAGAAUUCAAUAUGAAGCAAAUAAUGCUUAUUUUACAGGGAGAGAUUUUGAUAAAUUUCGCUAUAAAUCACCUUAACUUGAUUUUUCAUACAGAUAUAAAGUUUUAAUAAGGCCCAUCUGGGAGAAAAAUUAAGAAAAUUUAUUUGCGAUUGGAGAAGACUACGUAAAUUAUGUCUGGUUUUAUACAGAACCUCCUUAAGACAGAUACCCAGUACAAAACAUACCAGAUGGUGAAAGUUCAUCAAAGUACGUGACUAUAGAAUUUGGCUUUUCUGAGAGAUAUUAGCCAGAGAAAAUUUAUACUAUUAUACCAGAUACAUAUUAUUUAGGACUGUCUAAAAUCGGAGGAUACUUAACUAUAUUAGGUUUGUUCAGAAUUUUAUUGCUUUACAUUAAUUAGAAACUAUACAUGAAGGCACUAUAUGAAGAAUUUAUCAAGAUAUUAAAUAAAGAAUUCAGGCAGCAGAACUAAGUUUAACUUGAUGUAACAAGGCAUGAAUUUUAAGAGUUAUUUAAGAGGAGUGUGACUAUGGAGGGUUUUAUGGAGUUGAUACUUUAAAAGUAUGCUGAUUAGUACACUGAUAAUAUAGAAUUAAGAGACUAGAGUCACAAUAUCUCCUAGGAUCGGGAAUUGCCUAGGAAUAACAAUAGCAUACUUUUGAACACAAAUUUAAUAGGAAAUAAAAGAGCACUUAAUUAAGGAUAGAUAAGAACUAAUGCAAGUCAUGCAGAUGAAGAGAGCAAGUCUAAUCAGAUAGAAAUAGAGGAGGUUGAUGUAGUGUCCAAUCUUCUGAACUUCUAGUAAUUGCAUAGAGAUAAUCAUAUUCAAACAUUAGAUAACAGAGAAAGUACCUAUUAAGGUGAAAUAAGGAGACUUAAUAAUGAUGAAACUUAUACAUUUUUCCGUGAUUGA